AUGGACACCCAGCUGCUCUGCAAGAGAGGUUCCGCCUCUCCUGCUUCCUUGGUUGUGGCAGGUCGCUGGACGACCCUGGAUGGACGUGAGCCCAGGCCUCUGCAGUGCCGUGGAGUGCAAAACUUUUGCCCCGACCCUCGCCGGCCCAACACAACCGUGGUUGCGCUCUCGCAAGAGUUGCGAACAGGCUCGCACGUGCGCCUCGCUUGCAUCGAGGGCUUCGAGGGGCCGCCGCUGGACGCUGUUUGUGAAAGGUCCUUGGAGGGCUAUGGCAUUUGGAUGGUAGAGGACAAUGGCACGCAACCCUUGGCCAACUUCGACCCUUGCCUGUAUCUGCCAUCCAACGCCACGAGCAGCGAGAUGAUGGAGCCUCUCGAGCCUCUGCCAGGUGCCGUGUGGCGGUGGGAGGGCUGUGCCCAGGGAGAGGCUUCGGCUAUGCUUGUGGAGCCUUCCUCGCCUCUCCGAGCGGAGGGAGGCGCUGUGGCCCUUUGGUGGCAGCUUCCAAGCCUGGAGGAGCGAGCAGGGCCGUAUGUGCUCUGGGCAACGUUGGAGACUGCUUGCCUGCAAGCACUCAAUGAAACCAAUUUCACAGGGCUGGAGGUCAAUGGCUUCGGCGAGGACGCCACCACGAGCCCCAGCCCAGGCCUCCUUUUUGAGGACAACGGCACGAAUGCAUCGAACGACUCGUUCCUCUUGGGCGGUCUUGAGCUGGAAGACCAUGCAGCGAAUGCAACGAAUGCAACGAACGAAAGUAACAAUUCCAACGAGACGCUGGAGCCGCUGGAUCUUGUGCUUGAGGAGGAAAAUGCCACCCAGGAGGCCAACAGAAGCGGCAAUGGCAGCGACUUUGAUAGCGAUGCCUCCCUUUCAGAGCUGGAGAGUGACAACGUUUCUUUGAGCAACUCGGGCAGUCAUGAGCAGAAGCAUUGGAACGACAGCAAUGCCACAGGUGCUGAUCAGCAGUAUAAUGCUGCGAAUGCCAGCACCACGGACAACAUCAUCGAUGGCACGACCAAUGACCCGAUGAAUGACACAAUGAAUGACACGAUGAAUGACACAACGGAUGACACAAUGGAUGAUACGAUGAACAACUCGAUUACUCACAUGGUAAACCUGACAAUGAAUGCGACGGCGGACAUUGAGGACCAGGAGAACAUGACACGCUUUACGGAGCUGACAGAUCAGAUGGCUGCCAUAUUGGAGCUCAACCGAUCUGAUUACAAUGCUUCCGACGACUCCGAGAAUGGUACCUUUGGCCAUGCAGAUGAAGCUAACGGCAGCAACGUCAGCUACGAGGAAGUGGAGGACCUGAACUUCAGCAACGGCACCCAUGAUGUCCAGCAAGCAGGCCAUGGUGAAGAAGAAGACCUUCAACGCUGUCUCGAGAGCCCUCACAUGGUCGUGAUCGGAGGCAUGUUGCAGGUCCAGCUGUCAGAGGGCGUAGGCGGCUACUCCGUGGACUUGCCCAGGCUAGGACUGCAGACUGGCGAGUGGUUGCACAUCACUUAUGCUUGGGAUGAUGGAGGCAGAGCGACUCGCCUAUGGCUGAAUGGGACGAACGUCCUUGUAAAAUUGGCCUCGGCCAUGGAAUGGGGCGCGAAUGCGACGAAUGGGACGAAUGCAAAAGGCGUCGAAGGCGUGGAAGCUGGGUGGGAUGAGAACGAGACCUACACCUCCGAGGCCAGUGGCAAUGAGACUUCGGAGAACAUCUCCUACGAUUCCGAGAAUUUCACCCCAGAGGAGCGGACCGGGAGCAAUGCAAGCCAGCAGGAGGCUAUGCACGUUGACGAUGAGAAGAAUGCAUUGCAGGAGUGGAGAUCCAUUCUCAGCAUGGCUCGAGACCAGGGCUGGAUCACGGUAACACCACCGCAGAACAUGACUCUGCCGGAUCUGGAGUUCCAGAUCGUGAUGGGCUGGCCUUUCGACUCGACCGAGUUCAGUGAACACGUUGCAAAUGAAGGCUGGCGAACGUUGUUCGUGCUCUUCGACCGGCUCUUGGAGGACUCAGAUGCGCGGCAGCUGACCCUGGAGCGGCCCCACUGCCCCGUGGUGCUCUGCCAGCCACUACAGGAAGGUUCUCUACUGAACUCCUACGCCCGCGAUUUUCCUCCGCGAGCUUUGCCUGGCGAAAUGCUUUUCCUGGAUUGCCUCUCGGGCUUCCGUCCCACUGAUGGCCAGGUUGCGCUUGCCUGCGGCGCUUCAGGGGAAUGGCUGGGAAUGAACUUGGAAUGCUGUGCAUUCGAGCCCGACUUCUGCCCAGAGGCACCAAGUCGUUGGAGAAGCUCCCUUGACGCAUUGCCGGAGGACUUCGAGGACGUUGACGCUCUCGUCGCUGAAGUUUACGCGCCCUCGGCGCCUUGCCAAGGUGUGGAGGCCAAUGGCACUGGCCGGUCCUUGGGUGCAGAGCUCUUCCUGCACUGUCCUGCUGGCUAUGUGCUUGUUGCCGGCACAAGACGCGCAAUUUGCAGCCAUCAACAGGACUCCGCGGCUGGUGCCUGGACAGACGUUCUUGGUGGGAAUUUGCAGCUGCCCGUCUGCGACCUGGAUGACAAUUGGUGUCCGAUGCUUCAUCCGGGUCACCAGAGCUUCAUCGUGAACGCCACGGCAGGCCGCCGUCUGGGCUCUCUAGCCUUCUUCCGUUGCCUCGAUGAUGUGCAGCUAGAGCCGGACACGGGUAGCGUGACGGUGCGGUGUGUCAUGGCUCCUGACAGGCAGUCCGGGCACUGGGUCGAUGCUUUCGGAUCGCCAGCCUUGGCACUUUCGUGCCGCCAGCGCAUCUUCUCCACGUCCACCACCACCAGCUUGCUGCCCACCAGCAGCGGGGUCCUCUCCGGCUUGCCAGGUGACCAGGGCCUCGAUGCCCUACGCUACCAUGCGGCCAACGCCACCUUGGGCUGUGGCUACCCCUUCGUAAACGUUGGAGGCGAUGAGCAUGUUUAUUGCGUCCUGGGGCCCUCCGCCAGCAGCCCCGACGGCACGGAAGGCCGCUGGGUCGACCAGGAUGGGAGCAAUAUCGAGCUGCCUAUUUGCGUGCUUCGGAGGGACUGGUGUCCGCAGAUUGACUUGGUUGGCAAGAACAGUGAGGCCUUGCUGAGCGGUGCGUAUGAGUUUGGAAGCAUCGCAACACUGCGCUGUCAUAUUGGCUACCAGCGCGUUGAGGGCAACAUAACCUUGAAUUGUAUCAACCAUGAGUCACUGCUCUAUGGGAUUUGGGAUGCUGAUCCCUUGCGGUGCGAGUUGUCGCCCUUCUUCUGCCCAGCACCUGAAGCUACAUUUGCGGGCCUCGUGCAGCUGGGUUCUCGCUUCCAGCGCGGUGAUGUGGUGAACAUUGCCUGCCACACAGGCUACAGCUACUUGCAAGGUGACCUGGAGGUGCGCUGCGAUGUCAGUGAUGACACCGAUGGAGGGCAGUGGAAGACCAGUGAUGGCACUGCGGCGAAGCCUGUGGUCUGCGUACCUCAGCAAGACUUCUGCAGAAUUCCCAGGGUGAACAACGGCUACGUAAAUUCCGUAUCCGAGGAGGGCAAGAUGGGAAGCAUUGUGGAGCUGCACUGCCAACAGGGCUUCCAGGAUCUUCGCCUUGGGGCCCGGCAAAGGACUGCCCGCUGUGCUGAGGGGGGCGCCUUUCGUGUAGGUAUUUCGCGGGUGAGCCGAGAUUUGAUCCGGGCCACAUCGCUGGCGCAGGAUGUGCUGGACGAGCUCGAGUCCUACUGGGCACUGGACACCCGUGAGUCUGAUCUGCAUUGGCGAGCGCUGAUGCAGUUCGAGUAUCGUUGGCGGUCGGAGCUCUCCUUUGGCUUGCAAGGCUUGAUCUACGACAGCGCCGUUCGCGAGGUGCUCUCAGAAAAGUACCCGGACUAUGACGGCGUGACCAGCAAAUGGAUGGCCAUGUUCACCGUGGACGACGUCCGCAUGCUGGUGCAGCUGUUCGAAGAUAAGCAGACUGAAAUGCUGGACCUAGCUGACCAGAGUGGGCUUCCUGCAGGCCUGCCGGAGGAGCCGAUCCUUGACUGUGACCGCGCACCCGGCUGGUGCCCACUGCCGGAGCUCCCGGAGCACAGCCGCUUUGCUUCGACCGGCGCCCAGGCGCUCGGAGACCAGGUCUUCCUGGAGUGCCACCCGCACUAUGUGUACGAUCUAGGCCUCAAGGCUUUGAUGUGCGGCAACGGCUGCGACGGAUUUUUUUCCUGGAGGGCUGUGGAUGGCCGCAAGGCUCAACCCAACAUCACUUGCACGCUGAACCGACAUUGGUGCCCCGCCUUGCCAACGCUGCAAAAUGCUUUCGUGAGUUCUAUCGAGCCUCAGCAUCGGGCGGUGAACACUGAGGUCCAGCUCAGCUGCCUCCGAGGCUAUCGAAGAGCAGCAGGCCACAGCUUCGGGCGCUGCGUGGAGUCAAAGCAAUGGUGCUCCGGUGACGGACCUUCAGCACCUUGUACGGAGCCAGCAGACUGGCUCCGCUGCGAAUUGAUCCCGGAUUAUUGUCCUGCGUGGCCGGGCAACGAGGUUGGAGGUGCCUACAGCAGCAGCUUGAGGAUCCCAUCACCCGAGGCCAAGGCAGCGCUGGUGAAGGAUCCCCUGGCUCAUGUCUUCCUACGCCAAGUGCGGCAAUUGCCAUUGCCCAGCGCUGCUCUAGGUGAUGUCGUGACGCUUUCCUGCCCAGAGUAUUUCUCCAGAGCGAUGGGCGACACACGCUUCAAGUGUGGCCACGGUCUGAAUGGAACCGGUGAAUGGCAACGAGAUGCUACCUUGGCUACUGCGUACCUUGACAACCGGACUUCAGACAAUGCGAUGCAGUUGGUGGACGAAGCAACCGCAGAACCCUUGGUCUGCGAGUUGCAGACGCAGUACGGCGUGCGCCGUAAGUACUACAAGCGCUCGAGUGGGCUCUUUCGCGAUCACCGUGCGGGCGCCGGCGAGGAUGUGGUUCCCUACAUCAACCAAUUCCAUUCGCAGUAUGAGGCGUCGCACUUUGAAGCACAUCUUCGCCCAGAGAUGUCUGGCAAUUACACGCUUUGCGUGGAGGUCGCAGGGUCAUUCGUGUUAACGUUCAAUAAGAAGCUCCUCCUGUCUGGACGGUCUCAAGGCUUUCUUCCUGAGCUAUUCGUGGCCGAAGGGGCAUUUCUGAACAGCAGCCGAUUCUACUACUUCAGCCUGGAGUACUGGGCAGACCCGCUACUGCCGGACAGAGUAGAGUCCUGGAACUUCCAGAGGCACCUGCGCCUUCUCUGGAAUUCGAGCAGCCCAGUGCCCACUCCGGUGCCCUACACAGAGCUGUUCCACAGCUUCGACGACGUGUACGGAUACCCUGUCUCGCACCGCGGUAUCAAUGAUCCCAGCCCAUGCCCUUCCGGCACCAUCCAGUAUGUCACAGGCUUGAACGAGUACGAGAGCGGAUGGGUGGCCGAUGGAUCUCUGGGGUACAACUACAACGAGGAUUUGCAGUGCCAGUGGGAGCUGGAAGCGGUGGGGAACGUCCGUUUCACGGUCUUUGUGAACUUCUUGGACUUGGUCGACACCGCAAGCUGCGCAGGUGACCGCUUGGAGUUCCACGUCGGUUCGGGAGAUGCACUGAGACUUCUUGGCACUGUCUGCGGCAGCUAUCCGGCGGGCACCGCCUUGGUGCAAACCUCGAGCAGGCGUCUUGUCUUACGCUUCAUCACCGAUAGCUUCGGAGAAAGGGAAGGCUUCAACGUGACCUACAACCUUACUGCCACAAAUGAGAUCCUCGUCGAAGACACCAUCAUCCCACGCACUUCCUAA